AUGGAAGAUAAAAAAGAAAUUAUUGCAUCUAAUAUCACUGAAACAAUUAAUAUUGAAGAUAAAAAACAAUCAAACGAAACAAAAAUUAUUUUAUCUGAUGAAUAUACUACUGAAAUAAUUAAUAUUGAAAAUAUUAAUAUUCCUUUAAAAGUUAAAAAAAGCAGUUUAUCAGAUCUAAAUAAUCUUUUAAAUCAUAAAAUUGAUACUGAAAUUAACUCCUAUUCAAAAGAAAAAAAGUUUCAUAAUAAUGUUAUUGAUUCUUGG